AUGAGCAUUAGUAAUUCUCAUUCAAAAAAUUUAGGAAAAUGUAAAAAUAUUUUUAUAUAUAAUAAAAUGAUUGAAGAAUUAGUUGAAAAAAUUAUUCUCUUAGCAAAUAAUUUGUCUUUAUUUAGAAAAAAAUAUAAAAAAUAUGUUAAAAAAAAAAAAAAAAAAAACAAAAUACAGAAAGAAAAAGAAAAAGAAAAAGAAGUGAAACCUAAUGAGAAAAAUUUAUACCUCUUAAAUGAAUCUAAUGAUUUUUUUUUAAAUUCUAGUUUUUUCAAAACAUUCAAGGAAUAUGAGGAAUUAGUGGAUAAAUUAAUUCAUUUAUGUAAUAAUCAUACUGAUAUAUAUAUUGAAUUUCUAUAUAUUUUAUUAAUUAAUAGUAAACUUUUUAACAAUUUUCUUUUUAUUUGUACAUUUACAAGUGGUGAUAAAAAUGAUACUUUUCUUUUUCUAAUUUAUAAAAAUUUCUUAAUUUUAACUGAAUAUUAUUAUUAUUUCAAUAAUUUUUCUUACUUUAAUGAUUUAUAUUAUAAAUUAAAAAAUAUAUAUAUUAAAAAAAAUAAUAAUAAAAAGAACAUAUUAAAUUUAAGGCAGAAAAACAUUAGGUUCUCCUUUUUAGAUAAAGAUAAAAAUAACCUAUUAUACAAUACAAAUGAAAUAAAUGAUAUUAGAUUAUUUAAGAAUAAAAGCAUAACCUGUUUAUAUAAUUAUUCAAGUCAUGAUAGUGACUUCUUAAAUAUAGAAUAUAAUAGAAGAUAUAUGCGUAAAAAAACUAAUGAAGAAAAAGAAAAAUAUGAUGAAAAAAAAAAUAAUCAUGUAGAAAAUAACAACAAAUAUCUUUUUACAAACUCAGAUAAAUCAACCUGUAAAAGUAACAUAAACUUAUCUAAUGAAAGUUCUAAUAAAUGUAAUAUAUAUCAUAUAAAAAAAAAAGAACAUAUAAUAAAAAAAGACAAAUUAAAAAUAAUUCUAAAUAAAACCUUUUCUAAUUUUUCAGAUAAUCAAACAAAUUUUAAAAAUUUAAAUAAAAAAAUUUAUACAAAAAAUGGAAAUAAUUCAUAUGAUUCUACUGAUAAUAAAAAUGCGUAUUUUAAUCAAAAAUUAUUAUCACAUAAAAAUUUUAAUAUAAAAAUAUUUUAUCAAUUAAAAAAUAUGAUUAAAACAUUCAAAAAAUUAAAAUAUGAACAUUUAUACAUAUUAUUGUAUUUUUCUCUAUGUAUACUACCAUCUCUUUUUCAUAUAUAUCUAACACGAAUAAUGCGUAAUCAAAAAAAUUAUUUUAAUAUUAGCCAUUAUUUGAUAUAUUUAUCAAAAAAAAUAAAAUUUUGCACAUUAAUUUAUCUAAAACGUGAUAACAAUGUGCCAAAAGAAAAAGAAAUAUAUUCAUUAAAAAGUGAUGAAAAAAUAACAUUCGAAAAAAAAGGAAAAAAUAAUCAAAUAGAUUUUACACAUAUACUUGAUGAUUUUCAAACAAAAUAUAUCAAUAAAGAAUGCCUUUCUAAAGGAAAAAAAAGAUAUAAUGGAAUAAAUAACAAUGAAGCUAUUUUAAAUAUGCAAAAAAAUAAAGAUCCAUUCAUAGAAGAAUAUAAGAAUAAUUAUUAUGAAAUAGAAAAGAAAAAUGAUUUGUUAAAUGAAAGUAAUGAAGAACUAUGGCAAUUUAUUAAUAAUUUUAAAAUUAAAGAUAAAUUUGAUAAACUUAUGAGUGUAAAUAAUUCAAACAAAGAUUAUACAUUAAGUGCAAAAAAGAAAUUAAGUCUUUUACAUAUGUUUCAAAUUGAAAAUGAUUUUAAAGAAUUAAAUUUCAAAAUUAUGAAGAACAAAAGUGAAGAAAAUUUAUUAGAAUCAAAUAUUUUAAAUGUGCCUUUAAAUAUUUCAGAUAUUUUAAAAGAAAAAAAGAUAUAUAAUAAUAAUAUUCAGAAAAUAAAAAAGGAAAAAUUAAAUGAAAGAAAGAAAAAAGAAACAAUAAAUGAUGUCAAAGAGGAUUUUAUAAAGUUGUUAGAAAAUAAUUUGAAAAUAGAGAAAAUUUAUUUAUAUUAUAAAAAAAUAAAUGAAAAUGAAUUAUUAAAUUAUGUAGGUUUUCAUAAUUUAAUUAAAAGUGUAAGUAUUAUAUGCAAUGAUGAAUUUUGUUCUUUUUAUAUGAAUAAUAUAGAUAUAAAAAAUUCAGUUGAAAAAAAUCAUAGUACCCUAAACAUUGUUGAAAAUACAUAUAAAAUAAACAAAAAAAAGGAAGAAUCAGAUAUAAUAGAUAGCAUUCAUAUUUCAAGUUUAAAUAUAGAUAGUGCAUUAAUACAUAAUGAAUAUAUUAAAAAAAAAAUUAAAAAAAAUAAAUUAUAUACCUAUAAACUAUUUAAUAACCAAAUUGAGACAUUAUUAAAUUCAAGAGAAUUGAUUGAAUUUAUAAAGAAACAAAAAGAAGCUAAAAGAAAAAAAGAAAAUUUUCAAAAAGACAAAAAAAAAGAUAAUUUUAUUUAUUCUCAAUACCAGUAUAAUAACAAUUUAUUAAAUAAUGAAAAAAAAAAAUAUGAUGAUAUAUUUAAAUUUAUUGAAAACAAAAAUAAUAAAUCAGAUAUAUUAGAAAGUGAUUAUCAAUCAUAUAAAAAUAGUGAAUCUAGUGAUAAUUUAACACUAUGUAAUUAUACAAAAAAUUAUUAUUCUAAAAAUAAUUUUAAUAUAGAUUAUUUUGUUUUUUUCAUUGUUAAUACAUUUUAUAUAUUUCUUCAUCUUCAUAAUAUUUAUUUUUCUUCAACUUAUUUGAAUAUUUUUUUAUCUUUUUCUAUAAAAUUAGUUUAUAAAUAUAGUAACAAAUUUGAAAAUUUGAAAUUAUUAUUUUAUAAAGGAAAAUUUUUGAAUAAACACACUUUUGAUAAAAUUGGUUAUAUACAGAAUGAAAUAGAUUUAUCAAAAACAAAUGAAGAUAAUUUAGACAAAAAUAUAUUAGAAACAUCUUUAAAACAAAAAAAUAUAAGAGAAGAAAAGAGUAUCAUGAGGUUUAUAAAAAAAAGUUCAAACUUUAAAAUAAAAAAAAGUUAUAAUAGUGGAAAAAAUGAAAAUUAUAAUAUUGAGAAUUCAACAUAUAAUGAUUUAGGAGAUGAAAAGAUAAAAGAGUUAGGAGAAUUAUUAUUAAAAAAAAAAAAAUUUAAAAAUAAAAAAAAAAUAGAAAAUAAUAUAUUUUUCAAUAAAAAUAAUAAUGAUUUCUUACCAAAUACAUUUGACUUAAUCAUUAAUACUUUUUUUGACUUAUGUAUUUCUUUGUGUAGUAUUGAUUUUAAAUAUAUUAGUUGUAAAAAAAAAAAAUUUAAUAGAACUUAUUUUUGUGACAACAUUUUUUUUUAUCAUCAUUUAAUAAACAAAAGAUAUAGUAAUGAUUCUAUGGAUAAAUUUAAUAUCUCCAAUUAUAAUAACUCAGUUGAAUCCUACUUAUUUUAUUUUGAUGAAUUAAGAAAUGAAGAAACUUUUACAAGAAAAUUUGCAGAAAACAACUAUUUUUAUAAUUAUUAUAAAGAUAAUAAUAAUAUGAAAAAUAAUAACAAUAGAAAAAAAAAAAAAAAUCUUUUGAAUAAUCAUAAAUAUAUAGAAAGUUUAUCUGAACAAAAUAAUAACCUAUCAUCAAAUAGCUCUUAUUUAUUUAACGAAGAUUAUAUAAAAAAAAAUAUUUUUUGUAAAAAAAAAAAAAAAAAAAAAGACACAGAAUCAAAGUAUGUUGAAGAACUUUUAGGUUUAAAAUUUAAUGACACUAAAAAGAAACUGUUUAGUAAAACUGUUUUAGAAAAUAAGAAUGAAAAAAUUAGAAAAUCGUGUUCUAAUCCUACCAUUGCUAAUAUUAUUAAUGAAGGUUGUAAUUAUGAAAAAGGAAAUUAUUUAGAGAAUAAAGGUUGUUCUAAUUUUAUUAAAGAUUUAGAACUCUCCAGUAGUAGUGAUAAAAGUUUUUUAUUUUUAAAAAAAAUGAAAAAAAAAAUAAAAAAUAGAAUUUAUUUAGAUGAAAAUAAUAUAAUUAAUAUUUUAAUAAAUAUUGGUUGCAUAUUUAUGAAUAAUAUAAAAUAUAAUAACGGAAUUUUAUUAAAAUAUUUAUAUAAAAUGAAUGAAUAUGAUAUCUUAAAUGAUCGAAAACAAUUUUAUAAUUAUAUGGAAGAAAUUUUUUGUCGUAAGGACUUUUUUUUUUCAAAUAUUUACAAUCAAUAUUUUCUUUCUUUUUUUUUUUUCUUUAAAAUACAUUAUAUCUUUUUUUUAAUUAAGUAUAAAUGUGAGAACGAAAUUUAUUUAAAAGCUUAUUGGUUUCUGUAUGCUGUUUAUAAUAUUACUCAAAGUUGA